UUUUUAAUUUGUUAUAAGCAGCCGGAAGUAAACAGGUACUCUGCCUGACAACGGGACGCUCUUUCCAUUUUUACAUCAAUUAAUCUUGUUAAAAAUACUUGUUCAAAAGGUUAAACAAUGUUAUAGUCAUGAGGAGUCAGGACAAUGAGAUAAGGCUGAAUCUAUCUUUUCAUAACUCGUAAUGUUUACCCAUGUGUUGGUAUCAAAUGAAUUAUAUCCUAAAAAGACUGCCAAAUCAGUGUUUAUAGAACACAAAAUGAAGCCUGAGAGGGACCCUUUCUUGUGCACAUGUGGUCCAUGUAAGAAAUUUUGGCGAGACACAUUCAGUGAAAGUGGUGAUUUACUAAGAGAGCCCCCAGCAUGUCGGGGUCAGCAUACUGCAAUAUUGUCUGCUCAGAGCAAGGUGGUCAAAGUUGGUGAUAGAGUCCUUGUUCAAAACAAAUUUCCAGAUGUAAUAGAUGGAAGAUCAGGAACUGUAAAAUGGGUGGGAGUGUUAGACGAAGAUUCAAUAGCUCCCGAGUUAUAUGUUGGUGUAAGACUUGAUGACAAUAUUAAUUCAACACACAAUGGAAUAUAUAAUGGAAAGAGAUAUUUCCAUGUCCCGCGAGGUCAUGGUGCUAUGGUUAAAUACACAGAAGUCAUGCCUUUAAAACAACCAGAAAAACGCCCAGCAAUAUCAGGAAACCCAAUGUUCCCUAGCUGGCAUGAGGUCCAAAGAAGACGGAAAGAAAGAAAUCAAAAAUUACAAACAAUUUAUCAAAGUGCUGGAAUGGCAGGGCCUCAGUUUGUUGAACCGUAUGUGACACCACCAAAGACUGCUGCAGCAGCAGGAUCGCGAGGGACGUCGCCUGUUAAAGCUUAUAGAGAACCAAUAAUUCACAUCAGUGACCCAAAUGAUAUAGCAUUAAGAGACUUGCAUAAGAAGACACAAAUAGAUACAAAACGUAAAGUGUUAAAAGAGGAUCGCGAUCAGAAAGAGAUGGAACGGUUUAGAGAACAUUUUGGCGGCGGCCCUGAGGCAGAUCGACUUGCAAUGACAUUAAAAAAAUUAAAAGUAGCUUAUCAAGAAGGAAAAGAUCUGGUGCGGAGAAGGUCAAAUAAAGAUCACGACCUUACAUCGGAAUCGGGACUUAGUGAUUAUUAAACUUUUGUGUUUACCAAUGAUGAACUAUUGUUGAUAUUAGAGAAGAAGAGAUGUUAUAUUAAUAAGUUUGACGAUGUAGUUUUAAACUUAUUUUAAAAAUUAUUUUAGUUUUGAUUUAAAAGUGGAAUGGACAAAAAAAUUGUAAAGACGGCAUUUACAUAAUAUCAGGGGAGAUGAAAAUUUUGUAAUUUUGGAUUUGAGCGAAGUGUUGUAUAUACUCGUAACAUCAAAGAAAAGUCUUCCAUAGAUGUUGUUGCAUAAUAAUAUACUGAGAAAAAAAUUAUAGCCAAGAAUCAAAACAAUUUUAAAACCAAGUGCAAAUUGAAAAUCUUAAAUCUAUCUCUUUUCCCAUUUCAUACAUGUUUUAGCAUGUAUAAAGACAAAUAUCAAAUUCUUGUACAUGUAGUAUAAAAAUUACAGCAAUUCUUUGUUAAUCAAAAUAAAUAUCAAAUUAAAUAGGUAAAUUAUGUCAAGUUACAUGUCACAUAAAUAGCCAAAAUUUAUAAUAUUUAUAUUGAAAAUGUGAGAAAAAUAUAGUGAUACAGUAUUUUUAGAAUAGAAUUUUGUCACUAUAUUUCAAGAUAUUUUAUUAUAUAUAUAAUGUCACUUUACAUACACUCUUUGUUUUUAUAUUUAGUUUACAUUAGCUUUACUAGAUUGUGCUCAUUCAUAACUGACAGUGUAGUGUGUUGAUUACUUGUUUGUUAUUUUUUUUUGUCUGUGAUAUUUGUUUACAUUUUUUGUUAAUAUUUUCUUUAAAGGGACAUGCAUUCACAUUUUUUGUUAAUAUUUUCUUUAAAGGGACAUGCAUUCACUUAUUUUUUUUGCCUUUUUUUUGUUCUUCGGGAAUUAAGUACAUGUAUGCAUGUAUAUAAGAGUAAUUGAGCAUGUUUUCCCAAUUGUAUGAAAGCAGAAAAGUGUUAUGUUUGUUAAUAUUGUAUGUAAUAAUUGUACAAAUGACAAAAAAAAAACCAGAAAAGAUUUUUUUAUCUCGAAAAUAUGACUUAAGGUGGACCAAAAAAAAAAUAAAUAUACAUGUAGUUAAGCAACUUUUCUGUAAUCACAUGUUAAAUAUCUAUAGAAUUUUGAGUUCAGCAUGCUAUGCACUGGUACUUGCACUUCUAUUACUAUUAAUGAAUUUUAUUGUAGGGUGGAGGCAUGCCCCUUUAAUAUCUUUGUUCUAUUUUUAGAGGGUACUUAAAGUUUAAGUAAAACACUUUUACAAUUUGACAAAAGCUUUCCUGGAGAUGCUAAGAAGCUUUGCUAUACAUAUCUGUUGUGCAUUUUGUUGAUUCAAUUUUUUUGUUCAAUUAUUUUUUUGGUGAAGAUUUUUACAUAGUGUAUGGAUUAAUUAAUGGUAUUUUUUAUGUAAGAAUUUUUUUAAAUUCAUUAUAUUUUGGUAAAGAUUUAUACAUAGUGUAGGGUUUUUUUUAAUGGUAUUUUUUUAUAUUAACUUGAAUACUCAGGUUUAAAUUUAUGCAAACAAAUAGUAAGGCAGUAUAUUGUGAAAUAAGUUCAGUGUAAAUUUUUGUAUGAAAUUUCAAAUACUUAACAGUGCUUUUUAUCAAGAAAUAGGUGUAAAACUAUUUCAUUAUUAUGAUAAAG